AAACACCUUGUGUAAUGAAAAUCCGGGAUAUAUCAUCUCUCCCUAUAUAAUCCACAUCCACUGAGGUGGCCUCAGUGCCCCCGAGGGACCUGGCAUCUGCUUGGAACCUGUAUCAGUCAACAGCUACUACUUGAAGGGGAUAAAAAGAAGCAAAUGAUACCAAGACAAGCUCCUAACAGAGAACUAAUCACCAGAUGUGUACGGAGGAAAAUACAGUGAGCUAGAUGAGCCAGAAGAUGGCCAAGGAGGGUCCCCGACUCUCCAAGAACCAGAAGUUCUCAGAACACUUCAGCAUCCACUGCUGCCCACCCUUCACCUUCCUCAACUCCAAGCGGGAGAUCGUGGACCGCAAGUACAGCAUCUGCAAGAGCGGCUGCUUCUACCAGAAGAAGGAGGAGGACUGGAUCUGCUGUGCCUGCCAGAAGACCCGACCCAGCCGCCGCCGUGCACCGUCCCCCCCGAGGCCCAAGGUCCAGCCGGUGGUGUCCCCCUCGGUGGCCCGAGCACCAGCCAAGCCACGGUCCCCUCGCCCGGAGGUCCGAUCGCCGCCCCCCAAGGCCCAGCCGAGGCCCCCUCCGAAGCGCAAGCAGCAGCCGAAGAGCAGCCCCCAGAGAGGGGGUCCCAGCCGAGGGGGGUCCCCCAGCAGAGCACCUAGGUUCUGGUAACACUACCUCCUCUCUUUGGGUCCCCUGCCCCUGCCUGAAUGAAUGAAGAUUGAAAAGGAGGAUAAGACCCACCCCCCGGAAGAAGUGAGCAGCGUGUUUCCAGUGAAUGGACGCCUUCUGCCCCUGCACCCUCUGCUUCUUGGCCACUGUGUCCCUGAGCAAGUUCUCUGGCGUUGGAUAUGAUGCAGGGGCAGACACCUGCUGAAGUGGCACCCACCCAUGCCCACCCUGCCCAUGGCACUGGGGCCACUAGGCAGCCUGCCUGGAGCAUUUUGAAGAUGCCUUCCUGCUCUCUUCUGACUUUUAUGAUCACCAAUGAGAACCUUGCUUUCCCUCUGUGUCCCUUCAUUGACUCAAAUUUCUUCAAUCUGAAGACAUCCAUCUUUCUUCAGGGAAGUUCCAAAAGCCAAGAUAUUGUUGUACAACUCCCUUAUGACAAAUUAUGUGUAGGCAAAGAUGUGGAGAAACGUCUAUCAACCUCUGAUAAGAAUUUAUAAGUUACUACAACUGGCAUACAAUCUGGGAGUAUAAGCAAUAUAGGACAUUAUAUAACCUAUGCUUUUUAGACAUCCAUCUUAAAUAUGACUUUCAUUCACAGAAAAAGAAAAUUUACAUAACUUCAUUCAGAUUUGUAUCAUAAAAGAAGACAGAGGAAAAACUAAUCAUAAUUAUCACCAAAGAAUAACUAAAUCAUAUGUAAAUAAUAAAUAAUAAAUAACUAAAUAAUAUGUAAUGACAUAUUAAUAAAUAAAAUAAUAAACAACAGUUCAAGCAAAUGAAACAGUUAUAUCCCAUACCAGGGAGACAAAUUAGACAAACAAAAUGGGACUAUAAAACUCAAACAGUAGAUGGUCAAUAUAAAAAAUGUCCCCUGCAUGAAAUUUUAUGUCAUAGUUUCCUAUUAAGUUGAAACCAUAAGAUCUUUCUUUCCCUUUCACUGUGACAGUAUUUUAAAAUAUAUAUAACAAAAUAAACCAAUUCAAAAAACA